AUGUUAUGGUGGAAACAUCUGGAACGCGGCCAAGAAAAUUUUAUAAUGAUUGAAAGGGAGGAGCAGAGGAGAGACUAUGCCCAAAAUACAACUUUGAACUUAACUUUGCCAAACAGAGACCCCGUUUUCAGAGAUAACUUAUUGAUAGCAAAUUUAGAACAAGUAAAAACUUUACAGGCAUCACUAUUUCCCAUAUGUAAUAAAGGUACGUUCAUUUCAAACUUCCUACAAAACAAUUUAAAAACGAAUCAACUAGAAAUCAAUACAGACAUUAGAACAUUUAAAACAAUUGCAAAACUUAGAGAACCUAGGGACUUGUUCGCUUUGCCAAAAGAGUUGGAUUGCCCACAGCAGGCGACACGCUGGCCUUCAGAAUGUCAAGUAAUAGAGGAAAGAAUACAACACUUAACCUGGAGUCCAGCGUCACCUGAACCAUACUAUGUCGCGACUGGUAAGGAAUUAAAACCGCAACCCGUAGGAGAGGAAGCAGGAACAGUCAUAUUUCAAUAUUAUCCUAUGAGCGCUGUUAAUUAUUUUAGCCGGUCAAGUGUCGGAGGAUCGCGGCUUUUUAUAUCAGCGUGUACUUCUGCUGGCGGUGAUGAUGAAUUACGUUUCGAAUCACGCUUUGAGAGUGGAAAUCUUGCGAAGGCAAUAAAGAUCACAUCAGCAUACUACGAAUUACACCUACGAACCGAUCUCUAUACAAAUAGACAUGUUCAAUGGUUUUAUUUUAAAGUAUCCAAAACCAAAAAGCAAACGAUGUACAGAUUUUCCAUAGUAAACUUAUCGAAGCCUGAUAGUUUGUACAAUGAGGGUAUGCGGCCGUUACUAUAUUCCACCAAGGACGCACAGCUGCAUUCGAUCGGUUGGAGACGGUGCGGCGACAAUAUUGCAUAUUACAAAAACGAACCUACAUGUGAAGAAGAGGAGCAAUAUCCCACCUAUACGCUUACAUUCAAUAUUGAGUUUCCUCAUUCAGAUGACGCCGUAUACCUGGCUCAUUGUUACCCAUACACUUAUUCUGAUCUACAAGAGUAUCUUUCGAGAUUACAAGCCCAUCCCGUUAAGUCAACAUUUUCGAAAUUAAGACUCUUGUGUCGCACGUUAGCAGGGAAUAACGUUUAUUACUUAACAAUCACGGCACCACAAAAUCAAAAUGAAAUGGAUCAAAGGAAAAAGAAGGCAGUCAUAGUGACAGCAAGGGUACAUCCUGGGGAAACACCAGCGUCGUGGAUGAUGAAAGGUUUUAUGGAUUACUUAACAGGAGAUUCAAAUCAAGCUCGGGAAUUGAGAGAAAAAUUUAUUUUCAAAUUAGUUCCAAUGCUGAAUCCGGAUGGUGUCAUUGUCGGAAAUAAUCGAUGCUCACUAACUGGAAAAGAUUUAAAUAGACAAUAUAGAACAGUUAUUCGGGAAACUUAUCCACCCGUUUGGCAUACCAAAGUCAUGAUUCGAAGGUUACAGGAAGAAUGCGGUAUCGCAAUGUAUGUUGAUCUGCAUGCACAUUCACGCAAACAUAACAUUUUUAUCUACGGAUGCGAGAGUAGACGAAAUUCUGACAAACGUCUACAAGAACAAGUAUUUCCGCUGAUGUUACAUAAAAAUGCUGCUGAUAAAUUUUCCUUCGAAAACUGCAAAUUUCGCAUUCAGCGUAGUAAGGAGGGUACAGCGAGGGUUGUUGUUUGGAUGUUGGGUGUGGCCAACAGUUAUACUAUGGAAGCAUCUUUUGGUGGUUCCGAACUGGGUAGCAGGAUGUCUACUCAUUUUUCCGUUCAAGACUAUGAAAGUUUAGGUAAAACAUUUUGCGAAACUCUACUCGACUUUUACGACGAGGGCCCAAGUAAGGAGAGAUUGAGAACAAAAAUUGUGACGCGUCUUUUGCAAGAAGGAUCCAAUGCUGAUGAGCCUACUAAUAUAGAUCUAUCAGAUUAUUCAAGCGAUGAAGGAGAUACAUCAAGUAGCAGUUCAGAUGCUGGUCUUUCUCGUAUUAAGAUAAACUCAACUCAAUUAGCACCUCCACCAUCUCCUAUUUUCCCCGACAUUAUUAAAGCUACUGAAAAACCGCGCCGACAACUAGACAAGCUUGAAAAAAUCAAUAGGAAUGAAAAGAAAAAGGCGAAAAGAGAAACGUUACAAGUGUCAAGAGCUACAAUAGAUUUAACAUCAGAUGCGAUGUCAGACGUGUCUUCUGAAUGUGAAUCUCUUGGGGAAAAAAGUCCUGUGCGAAAAGUUCAUAAGCUACUGCAUUCACACAAGAAUAAACCCCGUCGGAAGAAAAAAAUGCCUCCUGAGCUAAGGAUUUUUCGCGCACCGACCAGUGAUUCCCCUUUUAAUUCCGACCCAGAGAAAAGGCCAAAAACUAGGAGACCUCGUAGUGUUUCUUUGUUAAAUAGCAAUAUGGAUAAGCCGAAACUUAAACCAGCAUCAUGGCAUCAAUUUAGACAGUUACCACCAACAAGAUGCCACAUAGAAACAAAAUAUAGGAAAACACAACCUGCUGAGUUAGAAGUAAAACUGAAUUCACUUAAGAAAAACUUUUGGACUGGAUUGCAAGAUGACAGUAAAGGACCUUUAUCCUGGGGCCUUUCAAGUUUUGGGAUGAGCUCUUACUUCACAGACAGUGAAGCAUUACUCAAGUUAGUACAGUUAAAAAUAUAGUCUAAAUAUGAGCAGAAUUAUAUCACCAAUGCCAUCAACAGGUCAUGUUCACAAAAGUUGGAAGAACUUGAGGAAGAAAAAAAGAAAAAUAAAGAGUGCAAAAAGAAAAAGAAAGCAAAGUCCAAAUACAAAGCAAAAACUACCACAGAGGAUUCAAUUGAUCCCAUAUUGAAAGCAAAUAAAACACAAAAGAAAAAAGGGAAGUUAAAAUUUAGCAAAGCAGAGUUGUCUUACCAAAAUAAUACAAGUUUCACCGAAAUACCAAAAAACACUCAACCAACUGUGCAAAAACCAAGUCUUACAGAAAGUAAGCAUAAGACUUUUCGAAAGGGUGCUUUUGUUGCCACUGCUAUUCAAACAAAGAAGUCUAAACCUAAAGAUAUAAAGCAGUGUAGUGAUAAUUCUGAAACUGAUGAUUCCAUACAAAAUAGAAAAAAAGUCAAAAAGAAAACUAAGAAUCCCAAAAAACUUCAAAAAGCCACUUCAGAGAAUAGACUUAAGUGUGAUAUUAAGAGUUAG